AUGACGAUAUCUUCGUUUCUGGACAAGGUUUUAUUGCGAGAGAAGGGGGACAGCUGGUCACACUUUUGGUUGUGCUAUUGGUGUGAUGUUCUGUAUUUUAUUCUGUGUACAGGUAAAACUCUGAGUCCUCAGGUGAUGUUCCAUAACGCAGCCUCCAACAUCAUCUGUAAGGUUCUGUUUGGGACCCGUUAUGAGUACAAUGAUGAGACCAUUAAAAAAGUUGUUCAGUGGUUCACAGAGAUGCUGAAAAUAUUUAACGGACCGUGGGCCUUGCUGUACAACUCGGUUCCAUAUGUUUCGUACCUGCCACUGCCCUUUAAAAAGGCCUUUAAGAAUAUGGAGCUGUAUCUCAACUUUUCAAAUGGUUUGGUGAAUGAGCACAAGAGGACCAGGACCGCUGGAGAACCUCGAGACUUUGUGGACUGCUACCUGGAUGAACUGGAUAAACAGAAAGAAGAUUCUUCAUUUUCUGAGGAACAGCUCAGAAGGAUCACUUUAGAUCUUUAUCUUGCUGGAACUGACAGCACCUCCAACACCCUCCUGACUGGGUUUCUGUACCUCAUGAACCAUCCUCAGGUCCAAGAUCGAUGUCAGCAGGAGAUCAAUCGAGUUCUGGAUGGGAGGGAUUGGGCCAGUUUUGAGGACAGACACAACAUGCCUUACGUGCAGGCUGUAAUCCAUGAAGUCCAGAGGGUUGCCAACACUGUUCCUCUCAGUGCCUUCCACUGCUCCACUAAAGACACAGAGCUGAUGGGAUAUGACAUUCCCAAGGGAACAUUAAUCAUCCAGAAUAUGGAGUCAGUGCUGAGGGAGGAGGGUCAGUGGAAGUUCCCUCACGAGUUCAGUCCUGAGAACUUCCUGAACGAGCAGGGAGAGUUUGUCAAACCAGAGGCCUUCAUGCCUUUCUCUGCAGGUCCUCGGAUGUGUCUGGGAGAGGGUCUGGCUCGUAUGGAGCUGUUCCUCAUGACGGUGACCCUGCUGAGAAAGUUUAAGUUCAUCUGGCCGGAGGAUGCUGGAGAACCAGACUUCACUAUGAUUUUUGGGGUAACGUUGACUCCAAAACCUUACAUGAUGAAGGUCCAGCUGAGGUCUGAACAGUGAGGAGGUGCAGAUGCUCUGCAGAAAAUGAUGAAUAACUGAUCAGUUAAAUAAAAAUCCGAUCAUUGGCCAAUCCUUUGGACGCCAUUGUAUUUUUGGUGGAUCUAAGUGUUAACAAUUUUUUAGAAGCUUAAAGUUCAUUCUAAACUUUGUCUCAGACACAGUUUUUCUCAAAUUUAUUUCCACUCUGUAGAUCAUUUAAGAAAUGAUUAAUUUGGUCCUACAGGAUUUGCCGUAGAUGGUGUAUACAUGUAACGCCACUCCCUGGUGUACUUGGUCUGUAUUAGCUGUUAGCUGUGGUUCCUAUCACUAAAGAUUCAAGUGAGAA